GAACGGAUAUAAGUUUGUAACCUUAAAAACAUUUCAUCUCCUUCAGUAUUGAGUCAUCUGAAGGAAGAAGUCCCUUGUUUUUUUCACCGAACGGCGGAGUCUCUUGAACUCGAUGGACACAGCCCUUUUCCAAGGUUGAGAACUAAAAAACACGCAGCUACUCCUGUAAUGGACGUACGUACUGCGCCACAGAGAUCCGAAACGCCACGUUAUCUAUUCGAAAGCCCACACGUCGACAGCCCAUUUGCCGACUUUUGGCUUUUGCACCCCUCAACCCAAAAUCACAUGUACGUACCUCUGUUUCAGCGGUCCACGUUUUCCUAGCUUGGAAAAAUCUAAACCUCAAACCUGUUAAAAAUUAAGAACGCCGUCUCCAGAGACAGGUGGCGCGCAUCCUGCAUGAGGACCCUUUAUGCGAUGGCUCGGAUUCCCUCUUUUUAAAACCAGUUUGAAUCAGUUCAUUUCGUCGCAGUUGAGGAGAAAGUGCACGAGGAAAUGUAGGUGAAGAGAGGAAAAUGGUCUUCUGCGAUGUCAGACUCCAAAAACCCUAAUCAGGACAGAACUGACGAUAAGAAAGUACGUCCAAUGGAGAGCAUGGGAAUUGAUUAUCGCUUCAAACACGGAUUCAUAAACAAGCUGCGCAAGAGAGACGUAAAGAAACUGAUUUCUCGUGAAGUCGAUGGCAUCCGCAAAGACAAGGAACCGAAAACAAAUAUAGGCAUCGGAGAGCUGAGUUUGGACGUUUCGUCAUCCGGUACUUUGCCGUACUCCGGUGGCUCUUCGGAUGAUAGAGGAAAGCCGAUCGAAGUACGGGUAUCCGGCGGGGUCGGAGGAGGAGGAGAAAAGGGACUGAGGUUUGCACGUCCAUCGCAAAGUUCUAUAUCGAUGAUCGGACGGCGGAGAGUUAUGGAGGAUGCGGUGAGAGUGGCACCGAGGUUCGCUGCACCGGGACAGUACUGCGAUACGUACGAUUUCUUCGCGGUGUACGACGGGCACAACGGGGACAGGGUAGCGAACGCGUGCCGGGAUAGAUUGCACGUGAUUCUAGUGGAGGAGGUGGAACGGUGGUGGAGGACGUGCGGCGGCCGGGGAGUGGACUGGGAAAAUGCGAUGGUGGAGUGCUUCGCGAAGAUGGACGAGGAGGUGAACGAAGGUGGGACGGACGACGGAGCAGCGAGAACAGUGGGAUCCACGGCGGUUGUCGUGUUGGUGGGGAAGGAGGAGGUGGUCGUCGCCAAUUGCGGAGACUCGAGGGCGGUGCUGUGUCGUGACGGUGUAGCCGUGCCUCUAUCACAUGAUCAUAAGCCUGAUCGACCUGAUGAAAGGGAGAGAGUGGAAGCAGCAGGAGGAAGGGUCAUAGAAUGGAACGGCUCUCGUGUCCUCGGCGUCCUUGCCACUUCAAGAUCUAUAGGAGACCACUAUUUGAGGCCGUAUGUGAUUUCCGAACCAGAGGUCACUGUCACAGAGCGAACUGAGUCCGACGACUUCAUUAUAAUAGCCAGUGAUGGUCUCUGGGAUGUUAUCUCCAACGAGCUUGCCUGCAAGGUCGGACGGAUUUGUCUCAGUGAUGGUCGUGUCAAGAGGAAGUUUUUAUAUGAUUUGAAUGGAAAUUGUGCAGCAGAUGCAGCAGCAGUGUUAGCAAAGCUAGCAAUGGCUCGGGGGAGCGAAGACAAUAUCAGUGUCAUAGUUGUGCAGCUGAGGAAGUCGCGCUAGCUCCCCCCGACUUUCUUGUUAAUUUAUAUGCGGGGCUCUCUUUGCGUUUUCACUUAAUUCCAUGCAGUACACCUAGAGGUUUUCUGUUUUGCUUUGCUUUUCGAUUUUGUAAUCAUAAAGAGCUUCUUAUAUAAUAAAAACAUCCCUCGACCUCCA